AUGAUUACUGAAGAAUUCAAAUCAAAAUUAACUUCCUCCUUGACCAAAAUUGCUCUGCUUGAAAAUGAAAUCCAAAAUAACAAUAAAAUCUUACACAAUUUGUUGAUCUCAAAUAAUCUAAUAACAGAAAAUCUAUCAACUAUAAGACUAUACGUAGCAGAUUUCUUGAAAAAUAACACUUUUCAAUUUGACCUCACUUGCACUCAUUUUCUUACAAAUACACCAGAAAAUUGUACAGAAAUAACUGAAAAUCCUAAAAAUCAAAAACACAAUACAGAAAGCAAUGCAGAAAGCAAUACAGAAAGUAAUAACAAAAGCAAAAUAAAUCAAAAUAACAACGAUAAUAUUAAUGAACCUGACAAUUCGCAUUUCAACAUCUCCCCAUACUUAUCAUCCCCUUUCAAAUCAAAUUCAAUGUCCUCACUUGAACGCGAUAAUCUGCUUGAUCUUAUCAAACGAAAAAAAAAGGACCUCGAUGAUAUCUAUCCGAAUACUAAAAUCAUAGUUCCAGAAAAUCAAUUACUUCUUUUGACACAAAAUCCUCAGCUAAAUAACCAGCUGAUUGAAAAUAACCAUCAAUUUAUGAUAGAGGUCGAUGAUACUGAUAAAUCAGAUAAUCCAAGUGACUAUGAUGGCCAUCAUGAGCUUGAUAAUAACUCACGUAGCAAUAACAAUCAAAAUAGCCAAAUUGCUUUUUUAAAUGAUAAAAGCCCUUUAGAUGAUAAUAUUCUAAAAAAAUAUAAACAUUCACUUCUCCAAUUUUCAAAUACACCCGCAAAUUUAAAAUUAAUUCAGUUAUCCGAAAAACUUGAAAGAAAUUCUCAUAGAAAAUUAACAAGAUCUCUAACAAAAAAAUUCAUUCAUUCAAGCAACAGUCCAUCACAGAACAAAAUUACAUACGGUUCAACAUUUAAACCUGAAGAUUUAAUAUUAGCUUCAAUUCCCUGUUUUCCUGAUUGGCCUGCUUAUGUUUUGCCUCUAUGCGAUAUUCCAAAAAAUGUUUUGGAAAAAAAAUCUAAAUUUGUUGACCCUAAUUUUCCAGAUGCAAUCUUGAUUCCAAUUGUAAUGCUUUCUGAUAUUUCAUAUUAUUGGUGUAAUGAAUCACAACUUCGGUUUUUAACGAAAAGAUUCAUUAAUGAUGAAAUAAUAAAAAUUGAAAGUUUUCUUGAAACUGCUCAAAAUCGCAAACAAAAAUAUUUAAACCAAUCUCUACUACUAGCUUAUAAACAAGCUUUAAGCUGUAAAAAUUAUUACCAAGAUUUUAAAAAUAAUUAUCUGACAAAAAAAUUUACAAAAACAAAAAAAAUUAUUAAUAAUAAGAAUGAAAAGACUAACACACCAAAAAAUAAAGAAAAACAAAAAAUUUCAAAUAAUAUAAACAAAAUAAAUACCAAAAGUAAAAAAAACAGGUCAAAAAUAGUUAAUAUAAAGAAUCCACUUAAAAGAGUAGACACAAAGAAAAGAAAAAUAGCUACGCUUUCUUCUUCCCUUUCUCUUUCUCCUUCUUUAGCAAAAUCUUCUUCUCCAGAUUUUGUAUUAAGUAUGGGUUCUUCUAAUUCUCUGACUCCUGUUUUACAAUAUUGGGAUACUCGGCAUAAUGAUAAUAUUGAAAAUCUAAAUGAUGGUUAUGUUAGCAUAAGCGAUGACAGUUCUGAUGCUUCCGCUGAAAGUGAUCUUGAAAGUGUAGAUUCAAAUACUUAUCACAAUACUGUAAAGAACUCUUCAAUACUUGAUGAUUCUUCAAAUCAAAUCGAAUUCGAGGAUAAAGAAAAUCUAAACAAUAUUAAAACGCUGAAUCGCUCGAUUGCAAUGAAGAAAAAGAGAAAGCUUAACAGGCUCAAAGUCCGGUUUUCAUCAGUUGAUUUUUAUGAUGAAAACCUGCGUUUUAACAAUACCAAUGACCAAAAUACUCAUGAAAUUAUUGGAAAUGAUCUUUCUUCACAAAGCAAUAACAGCCUUCUACAUAAUGAUACACCCUCUAAUUAUUUAGAGAUCAACUCAUUGAGUACUAAUGGCUUUGAAAUUCCUUUUACUGAUUUCGAUGAUAAUGAUAAUUUAAAUCAAAAUAAUGAAUCCAAAGACUCAAAUACUAAAAUGCUUGAAAUUGUUGAUACUCAAAAUCUUAGUUCUUCCGAUCAUCAUCAAAAUAAAAAAAUCGCCCGGGUUGAUUCCAACACUUCUCUAAUUUCACAAAAAGACGACAGUAUUGAUAAAAACAUUGUUAGAAUUUAUGGAUUACUAAAUAGUGUCAAUCGUAGAAAUAUUGCAAAUGAAAAUGACAGCCAUAUUCAAAAUGAUCUCAAUGUGAAUAACCCUCAAGACAGUAAUAAUAGUAAUGGCUUCAAUAUUGAUAAAAAAUAUGAUUCACAGCUUCCGAAAGACAAUAAAACUCAAAUUGAUGGUCAGUAUAAUAAAAUUUCCACCGAAAUUAAUGAAAUUUUAAAUCACAGUAUUGAAGAAAAGAUAUCUCAUGAAAUUAAUGUCAAUUGUAUUGAGAUCAAUAAUAUUAGCCAUAAUAUUAAUAGUUUUAAUGGUCAAAACGAGAAUACUAUUAACGGAAAUCAGGAAAAAAUAAUCGAUCAACGUACCCAAUUUUUUGAUUCUUAUGGCAAAAAAAAGAAUUCAGAUACAAAUGAAAACAUUGAAAAAAACACUUGGGAUCAUAAAAAUAAUGAGACCGAUGAAAACACUUACCUUAAGGUUAACAAUCAAACUGAUAAUAACGAUGGUGUUCCUGAAAAGAUAAUCGAUAAAAUACAAUUCCAGAAAGAUAAGGAGAAAGGUAUCGAAAUUCAAGCUAAGCUGGUCAGUUUUGAGAAAUCAAGUGAAGUUUUUUACAUGAAUGAAAAAGGUAUUGAUAAAAUUAAUAAUGAUAAGAACAAAAAUAGUGAUACGAAUAAUAAUAGUGAUAUGAAUAAUAAUGUUGAUACAAAUAUUAAUGGUGAUAAUGAUAAUGAUAAUGAUAAUAAUUCUACUGGUGAUAAUAUCGAAAUUAAUGAUAUCCAAAGUGAAGUAAAUAGCAAAAAUAAAACCGAAAACAAAUCAAAGAGUAUUGAAACUAAUGAUAUUGACAAUAGUAAAACUAAAGCUAAUAAAAUUAAGAAAAAAAAUAAAAGAACUAAAAAACCUAUUGCUAAAGGUUUAAUGAAGAAGAAAAUCACUAGCCAGUAUUUUGAAGCCAAUCCAGAAGAAGUUUCAGAAUUAAAUAUAAAUGAUCCAAGAAUAGCUGAUCCUCCUACAAGUAGAACCAGAUCAAGAUUCAAAAUUAAAAGUGAUGCAAUAUUUCCAGAGCAAAAUUCGUUUGAAAAUCUGGCUUCAAAAAGUUUAAAGAUGAACUUGUUUAAUUGA